CAAGCAGAGAGGUUGCCGGCCCCAGGCCCAGCCCUUCUCCUUCCUCUGCAGAGCCCAGCAUGCGGGGCCACCUGUCCCUUCUGCCUGCUUUCCUGGCACUCUGGGCUAUUGCUGGUGUCUGGAUCGUGUUUGGAAUCUCGGUGGCCAACAGGUCUGUGGACCUCUCGGAAGGCUUCCCCUUCAUCAGCGUCUGUGGAUCCGACCCCCCGCAGAGCUGCCUCUUCAGCCAGGUGCUCAAUGCGGGAGCUGCCAUGGCUGCCUGGAUCUGCAUUGUGCGUUACCACCAGCUCCGGGACUGGGGCGUCGCAACGUGUCACAACCAGUCGAUCCUGUGGUUGGGACUCCUCUGUGCUCUAGGGGCGUCCAUAGUAGGCAACUUCCAGGAAAAACACCAGAAGCCCAUACACCUGGUGGGGGCCUUCCUGGCCUUCAUCAUGGGCAACCUUUACUUCUGGCUGCAGCUCCUUCUGUCCUGGCGGAUGAAGGGCCAGCCCCAGCCCGGAGCCCCCUGGAUCUGGCUGCUGCGCCUGAGCCUCUGCAGCCUCUGCUCCAUCCUCACAGUGGCCAUGAUCAUCCUCUACUUCUGGCCGCCGCGCUCUGCCUCAGCUAUCUGUGAGUGGGCCGUGGCCAUGCUGCUCUUCACACUCUUUGGCCUCUUCGCUGUGGACUUCUCCAGCCUGGACAGCUGCAGCCUGAGCCUUCAGCCUCGGCAGGACCUCAGUCCCCCGCCAGGCUCCCCUGUAUCCCUGCAGGUCCAGCUGUAGCAGGCUCUCUGACCGGGCCCCGCCCUUACAGGAGGAGAAAGAACAGGCCAAUCCCUGGUUCCCCCCACCAAGAUGGACCACAGGGGGUCUCUCCUGCCGGCUGGCUCUGGGGGCUGCUGACCACUCCUGUCCUGGAGCCUAGUGGAUGUGUGCAUGUGGGGGCUUGGAGCAACCAGUCAGAGCCCACGUGCUGGUGCCCACCUGCCCUGCCAUCCGGGCACCCAGGAAGCGAGGCCAAGGCCAGCCAGCUGUCCCUGAUGGAGGCUGUUUAUUAUUGGUUCUUGUUGCCGCCGGUGGAAUCAGAGACACGGACGCAGGCAGGCUCACGCGAAACCAGAAUUCCUUCCGGAGAGCAAAUCCGUACAGAAGGUUGAUGGGGGGUGGGGGGUGAAGGACCAGGGGAGGAGGGGCCCAGGAAUGGGGAGCUGGGGACACACAGGGACAGAGGGCCCUGUCCGGAUCUGCUAAGCCACCCCAACCAGCUCCCAUCCCUCCCCCACCCCACCC